AUGAAGAUAAUAAGCGCAUCUAGCGGUAUGUUGAAGAGCGAAAUAACUGUCCAAUCAAAUCAUUUGAAUCAUAUGAAAACAGCACACGGUGGAAUACUCAUGACAUUGAUUGAUGUAUGUGGAUCUUUUGUGAUAGCUUCAGAAGGAUUAAAUUAUUCCUCUGGUGUUAGUACAAGUAUCAAUAUUUCGUUUACAAAUCCUGCAAAAGAAGGUGAUGUUUUAUUCAUAGAAGCAGAAUGUGUAAAAUUUGGCAAAGCUAUGGGAUUUGCUAAUAUAAAAAUAUAUAACAAAGAUAACAGAAAACUAAUAGCUCAAGGUCAACAUGUUAAAUAUAUUGCAAUCACGUUGAAACAAUCAGAAUCAAAAGCAAAAUUUUAA